AUAAUAAAUAAAAUUAAAAAAUAUUAAAUUUAAAAAAUGGAUUAGAGAAAUUACAUAUUUUAGUGCUAAUCACAUAAAAAAUAUAAUUGCAGAUUGUUUGAUUAUAAAAAUUUACAAUUCUGUUGUGAUAGAUGCUUGAUUUAAAAUUAGUAGAAAAGUAAAGAGUAAAUGUUACUCGUAAUAGAUCAAAUUUUAAAUUAAGAUUAAGAAAAUAUAGGUAUUAUUGAUAAUUGGCCUAUACUAGAAGAUUAAUAACUUUUAGAUUAAAUAAAUGAAAUAUUAAGUUAACAAUGCAACAAAACAAGAUUAUUAACUGAAUUAGAGAAUCAUUUAAAAGAGAUCAAAGAUAUUUUUAAUUAAAGAAUCGAUUCAUAUAUUAAGUUAUUAACUUAAAACAUAUUAACAAUCGAUUAAUAGUAUAUUCAGAGUUUUUACAAUAAAAUUUCUCUUAGGGAAGAAUUUGCUGAGCUUUUAAAAGAAUACUAAAAUAAUUAAGAUAUUCAAAAUAUAAAAAAAUUAAUAAAAUAAUAAAAUGAAAAUUGCAAAUAAAAUACCGAUUACUUAAAAUUUGCUAUAUAUUAAUUUAAUUAAACUCAGAAAACAACCUAAACACUUUAAUAAAUAAAUAGCCAGCUGUUAGAAUUUCUUUAAAAAAUUUCAGAUUAGUUAAUAGAAAAGCAUAUUGAUCUUAUAAAUAGCCCUGUUGAAUAGAAAAAUAAUUAACUGCUUAUUUAUUAAUAAAAUUAAAUAUUAAGAGAUAUUAUAAAUAUCUCUGAAUUUAAAUGGGAAAAUUUUGAAGAAAUUUAUAAUGGUAUGUAAAUUAACAUCAAUAUUUCUCCAAAUAUUAAUAGCUUUUCAUAAGUAGUAAAAACCAUUUUUGGUGUAAAAGAUAUUUUAGAUGAAUACAGAGAUUAAAAUGUAGAAGAAAUUUUACUAACGAAGGGAUAUAAAAUGAAAGCAUAAGAUAACCAAAAUAGUUUUGAAAGGUAGAGUCAAUGGUGGAUUCAAUUAAAUUAAAUAAAUUAGGUAAAUUAUGACGAAUUAUAAAAUAGUUUCUUUAAUAGAAAUAAUAAAAAAAUAAAGACUUUUACUUUAAAUAAGAAUUUACCUUUAAAGAAUAUUUUAAAUUUAUUAGUAAUAAACUUAAAAUAGCAUUAAAAAAAUCUUUAAAUCUUUAAGAAUUAAGCUAUUUUGAAUUGA